AUGCCAGAGACAAAAUUGGAUCCAUGCAAGAGACAAUGCUGGCGUUCUAGAAGGGAGGUAUUGCCUCAAGGAAUUGUUGCUAGAACAUCUAAUUUGGAAAUGCGGCCCUUAUACAUAAAUAAUAGAGUUCCAAAGAACCCGUUGAAGUUGUUGUCUAUUGCAGCAGGAGUUAAGAAGAAAGAAAUUGUCAAAAAGGGUGUAGCGGCAACGCUAACGUUGGACAAUGCUCCUCAACAAAAAUAUGAUGUUUUUGUAAGCUUUAGGGGCAAGGACAUCCGCCACGGUUUUCUUAGCCAUUUGAUUGAGGCUUUUCAACGAAAGCAAAUAUUUGCCUUUGUAGAUGAUAAACUUGAGAGAGGAGAUGAAAUAUCAUCAUCACUUCUUAGAGCAAUUGAAGGCUCAUUCAUUUCGUUGAUCAUAUUUUCAAAAGACUAUGCUUCUUCUCAUUGGUGUUUGGAAGAACUUGUGAAAAUAGUUGAGUGCAGAGAGAAGUAUGGACAAAUUGUAGUGCCUGUUUUCUACAAGGCAGAACCCACGGAUGUACGGCAUCAAAAGGGGAGUUAUGAAAACGCACUUGCUGAGCAUGAAAAAAAGUAUAAUUCUACUAGGGUGCAAAUCUGGAGACGUGCUUUAAAUGAAUCUGCUAAUUUAUCAGGAAUUAAGUCAUCACAUUUUCGGGAUGAUGCUGAGUUGAUUGAAGAUAUUGUCAAUAUUGUGUUGAUCAGGUUAAGUAAGCACCCGGUUGACUCAAAGGGACUUAUUGGAAUUGAUAAACCAAUUGCACUUGUAGAAUCAUUGUUACAUCAACAGUCAAAGGGUGUCCGUGUUAUUGGAAUUUGGGGUAUGGGUGGGAUUGGUAAGACAACUAUUGCCGAAGAAACAUUUAACAAACUAAGUUCUGAAUAUGAAGGUUGUUGUUUUUUGGCAAAUGUAAGAGAAGAAUCAAGAAGACAUGGAAUAAUUUUUUUAAAGGAAAAGCUCUUUUCUACACUAUUAGCGGGAGAUGUGAAAAUUAACACACCAAAUGAAUUGUCCAAUAGUAUUGAGAGAAGGAUUGGUCGUAUGAAGGUUCUUAUUGUUCUAGAUGAUGUGAAGGAUCCAGAUCAACUAGAAAUUUUAGUUGGAGGUCAUGAUCGGUUUAGAACAGGUAGUAGAAUCAUUGUAACAACUAGAGAUAAGCAAGUGCUUACGGCAUACAAAGUUGAUGAUGGUGAUAUAUGUGAGGUAGGAGCAUUGAUGUUUGAUGAAGCACUUAAGCUUUUCAAUUUGCGUGCCUUCAAACAAAAUCAUCUUGAAAUGGAGUACUCUGAGUUAUCAAAGAGGGUGGUCAAUUAUGCCAAAGGCAUUCCAUUAGUUCUUAAAGUUUUGGCUCAUCUUCUUUGUGGAAAAGAUAAGGAAGCGUGGGAAAGUCAGCUGGACAAGCUUAAAAAUAUGCCAAGUACGAAAGUUUAUGAUGUAAUGAAACUGAGUUAUGAUGAUCUAGAUCACAAAGAGCAAAAGAUAUUUUUAGAUCUUGCAUGCUUCUUCAGUGGGUUGAAUUGGAAUGUGGAAGAUUUAAAAAUUAUAUUGAAAGAUCAUGAAAGUGAUAAUUCAGUGGCUGUUGGGUUAGAAAGGCUGAAAGACAAAGCUCUUAUAACUAUUUCUAAAAGUAAUUUUGUAUCUAUGCAUGAUAUUUUACAAGAAAUGGCUUGGGAGAUUGUUCGCCAAGAAUCUAGUGAAGACCCUGGAAGUCGCAGUCACUUGAGGGGUACUGAUGUGAUUCAUGAAGUAUUGUUGAAUGACAAGGGGACUGAGGCCAUUAGAAGCAUACAGGUGGACUUGUCAGCAUUUAAUCAGUUGAAGUUAAGCUCUCACAUAUUUGCUAAGAUGAGCAAACUACAUUUUCUGCGUAUUGAUGACAUACAUGAUUCACGCUACUUGAAUUAUCUUCCUCAAGGGCUUCAAUCUUUGCCAACUGAACUAAGAUAUCUUUUUUGGGUGAAAUACCCUCUUAAAUCCUUGCCAGAGAAAUUUUCUGCAGAAAAACUUGUAUUAUUCUACUUGGCACUUACUUCUGUGGAAAAACUUUGGGAUGGAGUGCAGAAUCUUAUGAAUUUAAAAAGAGUUCACCUUCAUUCUUGUAAAGUCUUGAAGGAGCUACCAGAUUUUUCAAAAGCACCAAAUCUUGAAGUGCUGAGAAUAUCUUGGUGUGCAAAGUUGACCAACGUACAUCCAUCUAUUUUCUCACUCGAAAAGCUUGAGAAAUUGUAUAUAAAGAAUAUGAUAGAGUUGCAUUUAUGUUUCACGGGCUUGAGUGCAUUGCCCUCAUAUUUUGGACGUCAAAGCAAGCUUAAAAUCCUAAGUCUUCGAGGAAGUCCCAUUGAGAGCUUGCCUUCAUCCAUCAAGAAUCUUACAAGACUGCAAUAUGUAGACGUAUUUAAGUGCCAGAAGCUUCGGACUCUACCAGAGCUUCCCCCAUCCCUUGAAACACUAGAUGCUGGGAGGUGCAUAUCACUGAGGACUGUAUUGUUCCCUUCAACAGCCGCUGAACAAUUCAAGGAAAAUAGGAAACGGGUUAUGUUCUGGAAUUGCGGGAACUUGGAUGAACAUUCUCUUGUGGCUAUUGCAUUAAAUGCACAGAUCAACAUGAUAAAAUUAGCAUAUCAACAUAUAUCUGCGCCAGAAUAUGAUAAUGUUGAAAAUUAUGACGAUUACAAUGAUCACCGUGAUCCCUGUCAAGCAGCAUAUGUCUACGCGUAUCCAGGAAGUGGUGUUCCAGAGUGGUUUGAGUAUAAGACCACAAAUGAUCAUAUUAUUAUUGAUCUCUCUUCUCCACAUUAUUCCCCUCAGCUAGGCUUCAUUUUCUGCUUCAUCGUUGGCAAGCGCUUUUUUCUUGAUCUUAUGAAAUUUAAGAUCACUAUCCGGGAUGGUGAGGGUAGGGGUAAAAAGGAUAGUGUUGAAAUGUACUUGCGUAGUUUCGACUUUAUUAAAUUGGAUCAUGUCUGUGUGAUGUACGACCAACGAUGCUCUCUCUACCUAAAUAGCAUAGCCAAAAAUCAGACAAGGCUGGUAGCCAAGGUUACAGCAAGCAUAGCAACCAACGGCCAUGAAGAUAGAGUGUUGUUGAAAGGACUUGGGGUCAGCCUAAUAAAUGCCUCGGCAUAUCACAAUUUCACGCAACAAAUGGAAUCGCGGAUGUACCGAAGCAAGAAGCUCCUUCCUUUAUCAACUUCUUUAGCACUUGCUGCAAAACUUGGAAGUGCUGAAGCUGUGGCUCUUUCCCUUGGUUCUGGCAUUCUUAUGAAUAUGAUCCAAACAUAA